UUAUGAUGUAUGUUGUGGGCGAAUUUUUACCUGUCACAGGUAUGACACAUAAAGUAGGUCACACAUAUUUCAAACGGUAAACAUGUAAGGAAUUUAACUGGGCUGAUUGAAAAACUUUAUUGAACACCGAUUGACAGGAAUAUUUGAGAGAAAAAAAUAUACACUUGUAUGAAUUACACUUUCAGAUAUGUAAAUCUAAGGAAGUACGAUGGAAUCUGAUCCAGUGGCUCUUAUUUUAGCCUCCCAGGAGGAUGUUUUAUCUCAUGGACAUGUAUUGUAUGGACUAGUUAAAGCGGGAGAAGAUGGAAACUGUGUGGAAUCAACGUCACGGAUGGUUAAUGUUGUUCCAAGAAAGAGAAUUUACUGUAUGGAUAGCGUAGAUGAGCUGAUUGAAUUCCGUAAAGAAUUGUUAAAACGUCCCUUGGUACUGCAGCCCAUUAUACAGGCAGGCAGUGGUAUACAACGACUCGACUGUUUCUUCUGUGUCAAGAAAGAACCAUGGGUAGUGAUGGUAAACCAGUUUCAUGAGAAAAUAAUGGAAAAGAUAAGUUUGGGUUUGGACAUGGCAGCUAAAAGUAUGUUCAGAGGAGAACCGAUGGUCUUGGAGUUUGCGUUUGGUGAUAUUUUGAAGAAACAUUACUAUGGAAACAUAUCUAAGUACAUGUCAUCUAAGUUUGCCUACACAGACUGUGAAUAUGGUGAUAUUAUAAUCAGAUCAUCUCCUCACAGAUCAUACGGGAAUAAAGUUGCACAGUUCAAAUUCAGUUUUGAUGAUGUUACUGCUAGCGAAAUUAAAGUAAGGACGAUUGAAGAGGCAGCUAAAGAAAAAAGAUCCCCAGUGUUAGAGUUUAUACCUCAAAGUCAGUUGACAGAUAUUUUACCAAACUGGGUGUUCGAUGAAGUUGAAGUAGAAGAAUCUAUUGUAUCAACGUCAGAUUACCAUUCAGAUUCAAAUACAAGUAAUGGCGCAACUGGUGGUAUGGUUGUAACUUCACAACCGCAGGAGUAUACAAACUCUCGACAAAAAUCAAAUAGCAAUAAACUUUAUGUGUCAGUGGACCUUCAUGUACAAGAAGAAAUUGACAGAAAUGAACAAGAAAGUGUGCAAGAUUCUGAAAAUGAUUAUGAAGUAGGACGUAUUCGCCAUUUUCAUCAAGGAAGUGGGAGGUCAGAUUCGUCAAUGGCGGACAGUGGUUAUGGCGACAUAACAGUACACAAUGACAGAUCACAAUUACAUGACAGAAAAAAGCGGACAAAACAUAAGUUUCCUCAUGAUAGAAAUAAUUAUGAUAAUUAUGCAUUCGAGGACAAUGAUUUUGAAGAACCUGAGGAGGAUACGAUCAUUACACGAACUGGGAAGAAAACAUUUAGAUCUGGGGAUAUGGAAUCUUUGUCUGCCCGAAUGUUAAUGGAAGAAAGUUAUAUGUGAUGAAUUGUGCCAUAUUUUUGCCAGUGCCAUAAUAUUUUCAAUCAUCAUUGAUAAUUUCGUCUUUAUUUGAUUAAUGAUUUUUUUUCCA